CUCGCCGCGAGCCCAGGGCCACUCUGGGUCUCAGCGAGGCCGACUCCGCCCUGGCUGGAGGAUCCCGGCGCCCCUGCCCGCCGUCCCCUCGCGCGUGAGGACUGAUCUCAGGCUGAGCAAUGGCAUUUCAAAAGGCAGUGAAAGGGACUGUUCUUGUGGGUGGAGGCGCUCUGGCCACUGUUUUGGGACUCUCUCAGUUUGCUCAUUACAGAAGGAAGCAAGUGAGCCUGGCUUAUGUGGAAGCAGCUGAGUGCCUCACAGAGCCUGUGAACAGGGAGCCUCCUUCCAGAGAAGCUCAGCUCAUGACUUUGCAGAACACCUCGGAGUUUGACAUCCUUGUUAUCGGAGGAGGAGCCACAGGAAGUGGCUGUGCCCUGGACGCUGUCACCAGAGGACUAAAAACAGCCCUUAUAGAGAGAGAUGACUUUGCAUCGGGGACCAGCAGCAGAAGCACUAAAUUGAUCCACGGUGGCGUGCGAUAUCUCCAGAAGGCUAUCAUGAACUUGGAUGUUGAGCAGUAUAGGAUGGUGAAAGAAGCCCUUCACGAACGCGCCAACUUACUGGAAAUCGCUCCCCAUUUAUCAAACCCCUUGCCUAUAAUGCUCCCAGUUUACAAGUGGUGGCAGUUACCUUAUUACUGGGUGGGAAUCAAGAUGUAUGAUCUGGUUGCAGGAAGUAAUUGCCUGAAGAGCAGUUACGUCCUCAGCAAAUCCAGAGCCCUCGAGCAUUUCCCCAUGCUCCAGAAGGACAAGCUGGUAGGAGCCAUUGUCUACUAUGAUGGACAGCACAAUGACGCACGGAUGAACCUGGCCAUCGCCCUCACUGCUGCCAGGUACGGGGCUGCCACAGCCAAUUACAUGGAGGUGACGAGUUUGCUCAAGAAGACAGACCCCGUAACUGGGAAAGAGCGUGUGAGUGGUGCACGCUGCAAGGACGUCCUCACAGGGCAGGAGUUUGACGUGAAAGCCAAAUGUGUUAUCAAUGCCACUGGACCUUUCACAGACUCUGUGCGCAAAAUGGAUGAUGACCAUGCUCCCGUCAUCUGCCAGCCCAGUGCAGGUGUCCACAUUGUGAUGCCUGGGUACUACAGCCCUGAAAGCAUGGGACUUCUUGAUCCUGCAACCAGUGAUGGGAGAGUUAUUUUCUUCUUGCCUUGGCAGAAGAUGACUAUUGCUGGCACUACUGAUUCAGCUACAGAACUCACACACCAUCCUAUUCCUUCAGAAGACGACAUCAACUUCAUCUUGAAUGAAGUGCGCAACUACCUGAGUUGUGAUGUUGAAGUGAGAAGAGGGGAUGUCCUGGCAGCAUGGAGUGGUAUCCGGCCCCUUGUCAUUGAUCCCAACUCUGCAGACACUCAGUCCAUCUCCCGAAAUCACGUUGUUGAAGUCAGUGAGAGCGGCCUCAUCACAAUAGCAGGUGGGAAGUGGACGACGUAUCGCUCAAUGGCAGAAGACGCUGUGAAUGCAGCUAUCAAGGUUCACAACCUGAAGGCAGGACCGUGUCGGACAGUUGGGCUGUUCCUCCAAGGAGGCAAAGAUUGGAGCCCCACACUCUACAUCAGGCUGGUCCAGGACUAUGGACUUGAGAGUGAGGUGGCACAGCAUCUUGCCGCCACCUAUGGCGACAAGGCUUUCGAGGUGGCCAAAAUGGCAAGUGUGACUGGAAAGCGAUGGCCUGUUGUUGGGGUGCGUCUUGUGUCAGAAUUUCCAUACAUCGAAGCAGAGGUGAAAUAUGGGAUUAAAGAAUAUGCCUGCACUGCAGUUGACAUGAUUUCACGUCGCACUCGCCUAGCCUUUCUCAAUGUCCAGGCUGCAGAGGAAGCGCUGCCCAAGAUUGUUGAAUUAAUGGGCAGAGAACUGAACUGGAGUGAGGCUAAGAAACAGGAAGAACUUGAAAUAGCCACCAAGUUUCUGUACUAUGAAAUGGGCUCUAAGUCUCGAUCAGAACAAUUCACGGAUCGUACUGAAAUCAGCCUGAUGCCUUCAGACAUCGAUAGGUAUACAAAGAGAUUUCAUAAGUUUGAUGCAGACGAAAAGGGCUUUAUUACCAUUGUUGAUGUUCAGCGUGUACUAGAGAGUAUCAAUGUGCAAGUAGAUGAAAAUGCACUACAUGAAAUGCUCAGGGAAGUGGAUUUGAACAAAAAUGGACAAGUUGAGCUCAAUGAAUUUCUGCAGCUCAUGAGUGCAGUUCAGAAAGGAAGGGUUUCUGGAAGCCGGCUUGCCAUCCUGAUGAAAACUGCUGAAGAGAACUUGGACCGAAGAGUUCCAAUUCCUGUGGAUCGUAGUUGUGGAGGAUUGUGAGUCUGACCAGUAAAUCCACAGCCAACAAUCAUAGGACAGCAAGUACCAUGUACCAACCAGAGAUGACUUAAACCACUCUUAAUAGUGGCUAUGGUAGCGUGUUUUUUUAAAAAGAAAACACUGGAAAACAUUCCAAAACUUUUAAGAUGUUGGUGUAUUUGCCAACUUAAUCUGCCAAUCCUUUAUUUGUAUUUUCCAUUCAGUCUAGCUUCUAAAAAGUGUUUUUCUCAUUUUUUAGUGCACAUUGAUUUAACGUUUUGUAUCCAUUUUGUAACCUGCCAGACUUGACUCUGCCUUUCCAACCAUUCACUCAAAUCAGUUUUAAUGGCAGACCCCGCAGGAUUGGAAAGAAGCUGGAAAAUGUUGUGAGCACCCAGAGCUCCGGAACUUGAACUUGUAGACAGCAUUUUUUUUCUUCUUCUUAGAAAAGUCUUUGACCUGUUGACAUGGCCAUGUUUUGGGAGACUUCUCAGCCCUUUCUUGCUACCUCCCCUUCCAAGCAACACUGCACCCUUUUCUGUCUAGAGUAACACUGGUUAAUCUGGAGAGGGAAGACAAAGUUUCAGUCUGGUUGAGAUUUGGUUACAUUUCUAAAAGAAAAGCUCUGAACGCUUCCAGGAUCACAGGAGAAAGAUAAAGACAGCAUUGACAUUUGCCGGGAGGUAGUGAGAGUUGCUUCUCAACAGUUCAUUUUUUUCCCCAGGCACUGCUGGCUUUCUUUGACUAUUAUAGUUGCCAGAAAAAAAAUCCUUGCUUUUUUUACUUUCAAACCAGCAUUUGAGUGGCAAGUUGGAUAUAAUGGGAUGAGACCAAAUCUUUCCAUUCCUUCAGGGAGUAAUGAUAAAACACAGUUUUCAAUCCCACAAGUCCUGAGUCUUGCAGCGUGUGGUAUUGUCAGGCCUGUUCUUGUUGGGGUGGGCAAUAGUCUUAGUAUUUGCAAAGGGACAGUAAGAAAGAAUUGGGCAGACUUUAGUUAACUUUAAUUAUAAAAUUAAAAUAAGGCAUCCCACUUUAAUAUCCAAAGACAGUGUGCUUGCCGAAAGCCUUUCUCUUUGUGUACUCAAUGGGAAAAUUCUGAUUCUACCAAAAAUAAAAAAAUAAAUAAAAUAAAAUAAAUCAAAGGAAGAUAACACACACACACACACCCAAAAAUCAAAACUGACUGUGCACUGAGCUAAAAAAAUAAUGCACCUAACAGAGAUGCCAGUUGGAGGAUGCUUCUGUUAUAUUCUGUUGGCAUUAUAACUAGUAAUCUUAAUAUUUAUUAAAUGUGCUCCCUUUCCUGAAGCUACCAAUAAUUGGUUUUCUGUGCAUCCUAGGAAGCGGAGCCCUUGUUCCAUACUUCUCUCCUGGCAGGCUUUGUUGUGCAGACUAUGUCCUGGCUCUGUGAGCUGGUACAGAAAGCACCUUCCUCUGUGCUGCUGUUUCUGCUUAUACUAUGCCUUUCUGCCUCGUUCAGUAUGGGUUAUGAGUCCGCAUAUCGUAAUAUGAACUGGGAAGUUCACUUACAGAGCCCCCUGCCCUCCAACAUGCAGAAACUGUAGGGAGAGACAGCCCAACUCAUUUUGUUAUUAAACAAAGUUUAGAUACUUUACUUAUGUAGGGUAACCUGACACAGAGCAAGUGAUGUCACAGCAGGUGCCACUGAAGUUUUUCUUUCAAAGCGUGAACAUUUUACACAAGUUUUUAUUAUUAUGUUUUUAGUAAAUGGGAUCACGUGGAUUUUCAAUUGAGUAUUUUUCUAUCAUGACAAUAAAAUUCACUUUAUACCUAGUGACAUUAAGUUGGCAGAAAAGCUGUCCUUUAAGACAUCCCAAAUGACAUAUCACAGUAUUCUACAUCUGUACUCCCCUCCUCUCUCUCUCUUUCUCUUUCUUUCUAGUUAGAUCAAGAUAAUGAUGGCUUGUAUCACCCCUGAUUCUCUUACAGUAGGGACUGGGCUUAGAAUGUGACUUGCUCAGGCCGAUCUGUGUUUGGAAAGCAGGUCUUGUUUGUACAUGCUUUGCUAUGAAUGAAGUUCCUUUAAGGACAAAGAGAAGUGCACUUUUCUUCAUUUGAGCAUAUCUGCUUUGGCUUCAAAAUCUGCUUGUUCGGAGACACCCUCCUUCACCAAUCCCAGAGACUCGUUUUGGAAAUGAACUACUUUCAUGACAUUCCUGUAAAUAAAGCACCCCAGCUUUUGCA